AUGACGGCCGUCGGCGAGGAGCGCUCUAAUGGGGACGUCAGCCUGGCGUCGGUGGGCCCGGUGCGCAAGCCGGGCGGCGCUCGAGACCUUGCGACGAAGCUCGCCAGCGUCAAGCGCUACAUCUCAAAAAUAGGGUCUCUGGGUCCUGAUCCCGCGCUGGAAGGGUGGCCCGCCGAAUACUCUUCCGACGACGAGGCCGAGUACCUGGCCCGCGGCCCCAUCGAGUCCGACGAGGGCCACUCUGGGCGGAACUUCGACGAGACGGAAUACGGCGCUCCGGUCCUCGACGGACUCGGUCAGGACCGAUACCUCCCUCCGGACUCGGUCGAGUACGACCCGCAGCUCACGGGGCAGGUUUGGUGCUCGACGGAAUGCGGCAACCUGCCCGAAAGCGACGGCGCGGAUCCUCCCCAAGUCGGCGACGACGGUGCCGACGACAGCCGAUUCGCAGACGGAAGCCAAGACGAGGAGGCCCAGUACUUGGCGCAGGUGGCGACGAUCUCCAGCGUGCAGUCGGACACGGGCGCCUCCGGCUACAGCUUCUGCGCGGAGCAGUACGAGGUCGCGCUCUCCCAGUUCUUCGACGGCUCGAUGGCCGAAGACUCGCCCCUGACGCGACGAACCGCCGCUGACGAUUGGAUCCCCGGCGGCCAGUUCACGAGGGCCAGCUCCGCGCCCACGCUGGAGCUGGCGCAGAUCGCCGCGGAGGCGGAGGCGGAGAUGGACAGCACGCGGCCGCACAGCGCCCGGCCCUGCGGCCUGGACGACGCGAGCCACCUGCCGCCGAUCGUCGAGGGCUGGGAGGCGGACGACGGGCUCGAGGGCGGGGGGGGCUGCGCAGCUCGUCGCGGAGGGCUGCGGAGCCGCACCGGGCGAUUCAUCAAAAAAUGCGGCAGGACGGUCUUCGGCGGGCGAACCAAGGAGAGGAGGCGGCGACACGGCGUGGAGGGGACGGAGGAGGCCGACGGGUCGCUGACGGUGUCCCGGGUGGAGCACCCCAUCACGGACGCCUCUGGGAAGGAGGUGUGCUCUGUGAUGGUGCGGACGUUCUUGCCAGCCCGGGCGUCGCCGGCCAAGACCUCCAGGGGCCUGGGCGCCAGGCUGCGGUCCAUGUCGUGCGGGCACAGCAGGACGCGGUCCGGCGAACAGGACGACGACCCAUGCGAAACGCAAUGA